AACAGCCACAGCUAGGAGUGAUUAACAGAGUACCUAUUUCAAUAUUAUUAUAUAUUACCUAUUAUUAAAUUAUUAUGGUGUUUAUCGACGAUUAGCAAUAUACUUACAUUCCUUUUUAUUAUUAUAUUAUUAUUAUUAUAUACAUACCUAUAUUCAUAACUUAUUUGUAAUUUGUUUGUCUCGAGGUCGCGGUUCAUCGUCGUCGGUUAUUAUUUGUUAUUGUAUUCGGCCGAAAACCUCACCUCUUGAAACAUACCAGUUUGAUGUCGGUUCUAAGAUAAUAGUAAUAAUAAAAAAAACUCUUUUGUUUGUUAUUAGUGCGAUACCGAGAUACAGCUAUAUCUGCGUACAAAUGACCUAAAAUUGGUGUUAUAUUUUUUUUUUUUUUUUUUACCGUUUUCAUACUAAAAACAAUUUGCCAGAGUCGUUUUUAGUCGGUUUUUCAACAUGCCGGACAAAGAUCAAGGAAACGUCAACUACAGCAUGACCGAUUACUACAUCGGUCUGGGCCUAGCGUUGUCGUCCAGCGGCUUCAUCGGUGCUAGUUUUAUCAUAAAGAAAAAAGCUCUCAUUCACUUAUCGUUAGGGAGUGGUCGAAGAGCAGCAAAUGGUGGUUACGGCUAUUUGACAAAUUGGCUAUGGUGGUGCGGAUUAUCAAUGAUGGCGGUCGGCGAAAUAUUCAAUUUUGCCGCCUACGCUUUUGCUCCGGCUUCAGUGGUGACGCCUCUUGGAGCUAUCAGCGUUAUAGUUUCGGCAAUACUAUCAUCCAAGUACUUAAACGAGCAACUCAAUUUACUAGCAAAGAUUGGCUGCUUUAUGUGUAUAAUCGGCUCGACCGUAAUGGUAAUCCAUUCUCCCAAAGAAGAAUCAAUCGACAACAUGGCAGUAUUAUUGGAAAAACUCACUGAACCCGGUUUCAUCAUUUACACCAGCAUUAUGCUACUGAUAAUAGCGUCGAUAUUCUUUUACUUCGGGCCACGUUACGGAUCGUCAAACGUAAUCGUCUACGUUACAAUGUGCUCCGCUGCCGGUUCGUUGACUGUCAUGUGGGUCAAAGGACUUGGGUUGGCCAUACGAGAAACAAUUACUGGACAGAGCGAAUUUAGCAAUUGGCUAACGUACGUGUUUAUUGUUUUACUGGUCGCUUUCGUGAGCAUCCAAAUGAAUUACUUGAACAAAGCUUUGGACACGUUCAACACCGGAGUGGUCACCCCGGUGUACUAUGUCAUGUUUACGUCGCUCGUAAUCACGGCUUCGGCCAUACUUUUCAAGGAGUGGGACAAUUUGUAUCUGAACGAUAUUAUCGGAAUAAUUUGCGGAUUUCUAAUCACGGUAACGGCCAUAUUCAUGUUGAACUCGUUUCGCGACGUCGACAUGUCCCGCAGUCAGUUUGGUUGGCGAAUCCGUCAGCCGAUAAUGAGAAAAGCGACCGUCGAGGAAAUUGCGCAGACCUCUUCGCUGAUUAAAAACAACACACAAUACGGCACCAGGCACGUUUGACACAAGUGCACGCGCUUGAACGGAUUCAAGAUGAAAUUCCGUAAACUGAUUAUGAGCUUUUUAAACCCUUACAGUUAACCUUAAAAAAAAAAGUUUAUACAUGUUGUGAAUUUGAUUGUCAUCAUUUUUUCUUUUUUUUUUUUGAGUUAAACAUUGUGUGUACAUACAGUGUAGCAUAAAAUAAUAAUUACUAUUAUUUGUUUUGUUUAUUAGCUUUCUUUUUGUAUGUAUAACAACCACCUAUAUAUAUAUAUAUCAUCAAAUAUUUAUACACAGGGUACCCAUGAGAUUUUACUACUCAUAGCCAUUUUUACCCUUUACAAAUAAACAUUGUACCUUUUUUGUACUAAGCUUUUUCUCUUGCUUAAUCUUUUACAUUUAAAUAUUUAUUAUUUAGAUAUAUACAUUAAAAUUUCACUUCAACAAUUAAUAGUAUUUUUUUCAAUAGAUUCAGAUAAAGAAUCUAUUUGAUACAUAAAUAUCAAUAUUAAAAUUAAAGCGUUUUUAUAUUUUUUUA